AGUCUUCACUUCAGCACCAAGCGAGCUCCUGGACAGCGCCCGGAUGAACUCGCGCACACAUAGUAGUCUCGUAUGCCUUAUAAGGGACACAGCAGCACCGAGCCUCACCGGAGAGUGUAUAGGGACUUGAGAAGAGAAACAAAGCCAGUCACUGUCGGGACCUGAAGCUCGGAGGAGAUUCUACUAUCAAACCGGGAGACAGUCGCUCCCUCAAAUGCCACAGCAACAACAGGGCAGCAGCAUGUCUGAAACUAAAUCCAGUCAGCGGUUCCAAUGCCUGAACGCUGAGCAGGUAGAGGUCCUCCAUCAGGUUCUGUCAGAGGUGGUUCCAAUCCACGGCCGCGGGAACUUCCCCACGUUGGAGCUGCGUCCUCGAGACAUCAUCAUGGCUGUGCGGGCCAGGCUGCAGAAGCAGGGAAUCACAGUGAGAGAUAUUCGUCUGAACGGAUCCACGGCUAGCCACGUCCUCGUCCGAGACAACGGAACGAGCUACAAAGACCUGGACGUCAUCUUCGGAGUGGAGUUGCCCAGUCAGGAGGAGUUCCAGGUGAUCAAAGAGUCAGUACUGAGCUGUUUGCUGGACUGCCUACCUGCUGGGGUCAAUCGAGAGCGGAUAAGCAGCGCAACAAUGAAGGAAGCCUACGUCCAGAAAAUGGUCAAGGUCUUCAAUGAGCACGACCGCUGGAGCCUCAUCUCGCUCUCUAACAACAGCGGCAAAAACCUGGAGCUCAAAUUUGUAAGCACGCUGAGGCGACAGUUUGAGUUUAGCGUUGACUCCUUUCAGAUCAUUCUGGAUCGUCUUCUCGAGUCCUACAUGCAGCAGGAGUUGCAGCAGAAAAUGAAAACUGGUGAACUUAGGGAGCAGCCUGCAGAGAAUCAGAAAAAAGACUCUUCGUCUCUGCUCAGAGAACCUACUGCCCCGAAAACAGAAAAUGCCUCUGGUAAAGACUUAUCCAUCAAAGCAGAGGCUCAGAUCAGCCAGACACAACAGAGAGAUGAGGUAAAUGAAAAGCAAUCCAAGACUGUACCCAAUACACAACAAAUUGAACAGUCCAACCAGACGAAAGAUUCCGAAGUGGAGAAAGACAACAAAGGCAUAAAACCUGUUGAGCUGAAAGAAGCGUCAGAACACAAAGAAACAUUCAGCUUUUCUGACCAGACUUUACCAAAACAUUUGUCAGAAGAAAAACAAACCUCUGAGAAUUCUGACCAGACUUUACCAACACUUUUGUCAGAAGAGAAACAAACCUCUGAGAAUUCUGACCAGACUUUACCAACACUUUUGUCAGAAGAAAAACAAACCUCUGAGAAUUCUGACCAGACUUUACCAACACUUUUGUCAGAAGAGAAACAAACCUCUGAGAAUUCUGACCAGACUUCACCAACACUUUUGUCAGAAGAGAAACAAACCUCUGAGAAUUCUGAACCACCAAAUCAGAUUGAACUCAGACACGAGCCAGAGCUCCCAGACAUCACCAAAUAUCCAACAACGGUAGAAAUGUCAGAGCCAACCCAGCCCUGUGAUGACCAACAACCAGCACAUUCAAAUCACCAGGAACUCUCUGUCCAGAAAGAACAAUCCAACCACACAAAACCCCCUGAUGAAGGAGAGGAACUCACAGAACAGAUGGCACACUCCGAGUCGCCAAAAAGCUCAAACAAAACCCAGGCAGAGUCUCUAAACCUGGCAGAAGAAUGUCACAGUGCAGACUUCUCCAAGUGUUUCAGUGAGGAUCAGAGUAGCGAUGAGAAAGAUAAAACACAACAUUUGACUGCUCCUGACUCCAGCACAUCUUCACCUGCACAGAUAGAGACACAGGUAGAAGAAGAGAGACAAGAAGAAACAGAGACAGUUGAGCAAGAAGAGAGAAAAAUUGAGAUGGGAAUAAGAGAAAUGACAGAAGAGAUCAUAGCCUCAGAAGCUACAAACAUAGACAACACACAGGGUAUUGAUUGUUCCUGCUCCACCUCUUCUAUAUCCCUUUCUCUUGACAACACAGAGCCUGCCGGUACACAAGAUACAGCAGAGAUUCACAGCACACUUGACACAGAUAACUCAGAUAAAACACCUAACACACUUGAAGCUGAAAGCCCUCCAGAUACUCAGGAUGGUUUACCUGCACCGCCCAGCCUUGUUUCUGACAAAAAGACCUCCUCUUCUCCCUCAUGUAAGGCCUCAGAGAGACUUGCUCACAUGGUGGUGCUUAAACACCACUCUCCCAUACCCCCUCGGAGGAUGUGUAGGAAGGUAUCCCCCAAUAGUGACCCACAUCAAGUCUCUGAUAGCGAAUCUGUCGUAGAUCCAAACCCUUGCCCUAGCCCUGAACCUGAGAUAGUAUCCGACCCAAAGCCCAGUUCAGACCCUACAACUACCCCAACAACCAGUAACUCUACGAAAACAAACCCUGAGCAUGAAUCCACCCCUCCCAGUAACCUUACUUGUGACAUAGGCCUUACUCCUGAUCCAGCCCCUGAUAUAAUCUCCACCUCUGCUGUGGAUCCCAUUUCUGAUUCAGCUCAAGAUCCCUCCUCCAGUCAGCUAAUCACAGAGAGUCCAUGUGAGACAAGUAUUCAGAGCAUAAAAGAGACCCCAUCCACACAUUGUGAUGAGCAAAGCAACCCUUCAACGAGUGAAACUGUCCCUGCACCCAGACAAUCAAAGCCGCUUGGUUCAGUGGACAAAUUAGUUUCACUCACCAAUACAUCCACCUCCAACACCCAGGAACCUGUACAUACCUCAGAAGUUGAGCUCAGCGAUGAAGAUGAAAUCAGAGUAGUACAAACCAAAAAGAUGGACUUUAGUCAGCUGAUUGACAGCCCACAAGACACCACACUUGUCACGCCUCCUGUUCCCUGUCCAACCUCUCCCCUCCUCAGUCUUUCCCCUCCCUGCUUCACACCCUCGCCCCCCAGCCUCAGCCCUCCCCGAUGUCUGACCCCUCCCUCUAACUUCCUCUCAUCUGCGCUGCUGAACACUGUCAGCCUCGAGACCAGCUUUAGCUCUCCACCCCUGAGUUUCAGCCCUACCUCAUCCUGUCUCAGCUCCCCUCCGUACCUCACCCCAACUAUGCUUAGCCUCAGCCCUACUCCAGUCUGUCUUAGCCCGCCUUCCCCCUGCCUCAGCCCUCCCAUCCUCUGCCUCACUCCACCGGUGGAGUCAGAGGACCUUGUACCUCAGGUAUCUUCGCAUAUGGAGCCUUUGAUACUGAAAACCGACAGCGAGGAUGAGAAUCAAGAGUCCUCCCCUCAGCCUGGAAAUCCUAUCCUACAGUUGGAGGAUAAAAAGGAACACGAUUAUAUCUCAUCGUUGCCUGGGGUUUCAGAGCCAGUCUCUUUUCCAAUCACAAUUCCUAGCACCACCUCACAUGUGCUUCCUCACUCUCAGUCUGAAGACCCUGGGGAAUUGGCCCCUCCAGAAGCCGAUGAGGCAUCCAGCCCUGUGCCUGAGAACAAAGAGGCCCCUAAGGUAAAUGCAGUCAUGCCUGAACAGUGCAUCGCUCCUCAGGCAACUGACUCAGUCCCUGCUGUCGAGGUCCUAGCAGAGAGCAUGUACGGUGACUUUGAGGCAGCCAUGGAUCACCUGCGCUACCGCCUAAUCGCUACUAGAAACCCUGAGGAGAUCCGGGGUGGUGGCUUGCUCAAGUACAGCAACCUGUUGGUCAGGGACUACCGACCGGCCAGCGAGACUGAGAUAAAAACACUGGAGCGCUACAUGUGCUCACGCUUUUUCAUCGAUUUUCCUGACGUGCAGGAGCAGCAGAGGAAGAUCCUGUCCUACUUGAAGAACCACUUUAUCGGGGAGGAGAGGAGCAAGUACCAGUACCUGAUGACGCUGCGGCGCGUGGUCGACGACAGCACAGUGUGCCUGAUGGGACAUGAGAGGCGUCAGACUCUGAACAUGAUCACAGUGCUGGCGCUGAAGGUUCUGGGAGAGCAGAACAUUAUCCCCAACACAGACCAUGUGACAUGCUUCUACCAGCCUGCCCCAUACCUUGCUGAUCACAAUACCCCCUAUUUAGCAGAACCCAGCUACUGCAGCUACUACAUACCCCAAGCGGGAUCAACUCUGCUUUACCAACCCUACCCCUUACACUUGCACGCACAGACUGGACUAGUCUAAAACACACACACACAUACAAAUUAUAAUUACACAACUCACACAAUCUUGCAAGGAGAAGGUGCUUUUCAUGAGGAAAGAGCUGGAGAAUGGAAAAAUAAUCCAGGGAUAAACUGUUUGGUCUAUAAUAGACCUAUGUGGGUGGGAUUGAGUGGGUUUUUACAGUAAACUCCCUGAGUACUCUGUAAGGUUCUAAUAUGAUUAAAUGUAAUUAUCUGGGCUUUGUGGGAAAAUAAUAAUUCUUCCAAUAUUGCCGAAAUUCCAGAAAAUGCUUUAUGCACUGCAUGAGUCAUAGCCCUUUGGUCUCCCCGGGAAACCAACUGUGCUGUUGACAUUCAAAAACAUUCACGGGCACACACACAUGCAUACACAAAACUCACACUUCCAGGUUCUUGAAUUCUUGUCACUCUUUUCAUGUUCUUACUGUGUUGUUCUUAAUGGGUUUGUUCAGAUUGUGGACCUUUCCUGUGGUUGAUAUUGUGCAUGGAUAAAUUAGGACUGUUCUCUCACUGCCAAAUACUGUGUUACUACUAUGCUUCUUAAACAGUUUCAUGUAACUUUGUUAAUCCUUUACUGAAGGGGUGUACUCUGAAAAAAAUACUUAAAGGGACAGGUCUACCAGUGUGUACAGUACUUUAAUCAGAACACACAAACAUGCAUGCACUACACAUACACACAUAUGUGCACACCAACUGGCAGGCUGUUUACUGUAUUAACACAGUUAGACGAUGCAUGAGUAGCUUAAUAUAUACAGUAGAGUAGACCACAUCCUGAAGUCAAAGCGAAGGCUUUUAAUUUAAUAAAAAUGUAUCUAUUUUUGCAAAACUUUCCAAGAUAAUACUCAGUGGUAAACAGACUGGUUAAUUCCUACAGAAAAAUGCCAACAACAAUGCCUUUGCAAUAGACUGUACAGUGUAUUGAUUACAGUAUAUCGUGUGCAGAUACACUGCAUUGUUUUCAGGUAAAAUGUGUUAAGAUGUAGUGCUUGAUUCCUUUGACUUGUGAAGUCCUUUCUGUAAUCAUGUGAAGUACUGUACCAUCUAGUGUUGAUUUAUUUAAUGCUAAUGUUUACCCUAUGGAGGUGGUCAGGUUAUAACCAUCUUUAGGUCACCUCUAAACAUGGCCAAUUGAGAUCUGUCUAAACUGAAGGAGUGCAUUUUAAACCUCUGUGACUCCUAUCAGCAUAAAUCAGCAUCCUCUAAUCCACAGUCAGAUUCAACAUGAAACAAGUUUAAAUCCACCUCAAACCUUUUGAAUCCAAGUUCAAAGCCAAACAGCAACUAUGACCAAAGAUGGUUUGGUAGGGAAAUUAAGUGCCUAAAUGUGAGACAUCAUUGGCAUGUCUUUAUCUCACUGCACUGGGGGUGUUAAUGGGGUGGGCCUGGGGCUGGGUUGGGUAUGUGUUCAGUUGUUGACCCCUGUUAUUGCUGCCCAUUUUGAUGUCUUCUUUAAUGUAGUCCUUUGUUGUAAUUUCUUCAUGUACAUUUUGAUAAAAUAAAGGCGUAACU